AGGUUUUCUUUUCGCGGAUGGACUUGAUGUGCUUACAUGGGCACUAUUCCCGUUAUGGUGAACGCUACGAGACUGUACAGAUGAUAGUAAACACGCGGCCUCUAAAAGCGAAAUGCAAAACAUGUCUCAAAACAGUAUUUCUGUCAGUAAAGUCGGGAGUGUCGGAAUGUCUGGAAUCAAUGGAAACAGUGGCAACAUUUACGUUCCCAACAAUGGUCAAACGUCAGCGAUUCCUGACAAUUUUAUUUUUGAGGAAGUAGAUCCGAGUCUGGACGACGAAAAUGAUGACUCUGACUCGGACACCUCAGGCCUUCAUCAGGUCAAUCAGACCCUCCCUUUCCAGCAAGGUGUUUCCAACAAUGGACUCAAACCAGGGAAAAAGACCAAAGGACGAGUUAAAAUUAAAAUGGAAUUCAUUCAAAACAAACUCAGGCGAUACACAACAUUCAGUAAGAGAAAAACGGGGAUCAUGAAGAAGGCCUAUGAACUGUCCACCUUGACGGGCACGCAGGUGAUGCUGUUGGUGGCCAGCGAGACAGGUCAUGUGUACACAUUCGCCACCAGGAAGUUGCAGCCCAUGAUCACAAGUGACAGCGGGAAGGCUCUCAUCCAGACAUGCCUGAACUCCCCGGACCCACCACCGGGCAGCACGUCCUCCGGCAAUGCUCUCGAGCAGAGGAUGAAGCCCACCGGGUUUGAGGAGACAGAGCUCACCUGUGUCUUAGGGGAGGACGACCCCAAGACGGAAAACAACAGUUUCAACAUGAAGCCCGUGUUCCCCGUCCCGACACAGGUGAGCUCCUCGUCGCUGCUAGAUCAGCAGCAGUCAGCAGCGGUGCCCCAGCGGGAGAUCAACGCGGUGGCCCCGGUCACUCAGCAGACGCCCACGUUCACACUUCAGGCGUCGGCCCCCACGCCAACGGUCAUCAAGGAACAGCCCAUUGUGUCUGUGGUGACCAAACCUGCCACGCUAAAGACCAACCCCGCCAGUAUUAGCUCGGUCAUGACCUCCACAGCCUCCAACCUCCCCGCCAUGCAGAUACCUCUCAUAUUCCAACAAGGUGCGUCAAAUGGUCUCGAGCACACAGAACAAUCAAACAGGUGAACUGAACACACCUCUGCCUGCCAGCACUCCGUCAGCAAUCAAUAUCAUGCAAGGAAUGACCCCCGGCAUUGUGAUGUACCACACACCACAAGGCGUCGUGUACGCCACGCCCACACAGAACAUCCAGGACCGCACCAUCUUCAACUUCCAGCAACCUGCCACGGCCAUCUCUAUGACGCAGGCCGACCAACCGUCAGGCCAACAGCAGCAGAUCAUUACAAUCCCGGUCCCCGUCUCCCUCAGCGGAGCACCUUUGUUACAACUCGCCCCUCCCCCGAGUGUGGAGAGCUCUGCAGGGGAAGCCACUCAGAUGCAGCCGCCGCCGUUAAAGAAACCAAAGAAAUGAGUGAUCCGAGACUGAAAGUGAGAGAGUGUUUGUGUUUGUGGUUGAGGAAGAUUGAGAAUGGGUUGUGUUUGUUAUUGAGGAAAAGUGAGAAUAGUUUGUGUUUGUGAUUGAGGAAGUAAGUGAGAAUAGUUUGUGUUUGAGAUUGAGGAAGAGGGAGAACGGUUUGUGUUCAUUUGCUGCGUGGGGACGUGUUGUACUGUUGUAAAAGAA